AUGUCGGACCCCUCAGCAGCUGGACCCACGAUCGACCCCAUGGACACGUCGGCGGGGAACCGAUUUGCUCCCUACAGCCCCGAAAAUCACAGUGCACCACUAUGGAUUGUUUCGAUUCUCGGCUUGAUCUAUACGAUCGGUGUCUUGUCAAUCAGAUUGUUCAUCAAGAGAAGAGUCUUUGGCUGGGAUGACUCCCUGAUUGUUGCUGGUACAUUGACUGGACUCGUACAAGCCAUUGUGUUCUUCAAAGCUCUCAAGAGUGGCUUGGGACAAGUGCCAGAGCAUGUACCCAAUCUCAGCACAACAGCGAGCUUAGCAUUCACAGCGCAGAUACUGCUGUUGAUUGCGCUGUAUCUUGCGAAAUGCUCUGGCAUCCUCCUGCUACGACGCCUCUUCGUGCGAGACCAACAGAACACUGGCAGGCUGUGCGAUGUUGUGCUGGGAUUCACCGUUGUUUGCGGGAUUGCGACAGUGGUAAUGAGCAGUGCCGGGUGCCCGUCCACCGGCUCCUUCACAACGCACUGCAGCAGCACGAACACUCGAUGGAGUGUAGUCACAGCACUGGACAUUGCGACUGAAGUCAUCCUGCUAUUGCUACCAGCCUAUCUAGUGUGGCAGCUGCAGAUGAAAACAAGCUACAAGCUGCGCGUCAUUGCAGCUUUCUGCUUCAGGAUUUUGGUGAUCAUCUUCUCGAUCUUCCAUCUGAUCGCGCGGAUCAAGUACGCAGACACCCAACCGUCCCCCUUCAACAUUGUGACAACCCUCGUCUGGCACCAAACUCUACUCGCAUGGGGUUUGAUCUCGGCAACGAUACCCAACCUCAAGGCUUUCCUACAAUCACUGUCCGCAAGCUGGGGAGGAGCGGACUGGGGCUACACUGUCAAGGCCUAUGGCAACGGCACAUUCGAAAUGAAGAGCAUGGGCACACAAUCGAGAAGCCAUGCGAUGGCUUCAACAACGGGCACCGAGAACGCUACCGACAUGGAUCAAAAAUACGAAACACAGAUUCAGACGCGCCAGGUUGGGGAGCGAAGCUCACUCGGCAGUGGUGGGAGCCAGGAUAUGAUUAUUCGCAAGGAAACCGUUUGGACGGUGGUUCGAUCAUAA